GAGACACCUACUUACCACUUUACAGAACUAACGUCCACAUUUACAGAAGCAUUUUCUUAGUACUUUUUCAUUGAAAUUGUUCGCAUAUAACACAUUCUGCAAAAAUUUUGGAUUGCAUAUCUUCAAAAACACAUUUAAUACACUUCAAAUUUUUAACAAGAUAGCAACCAUUAGUAAAAUGAGCAAAAAAGUGGAUUACUCUUCUGAUAGUGAUCAAAGCGAUGAAGAUUUUUGUCCAGAAAAUGCCGGUAACAUAGAACAGCUUAGCGAAGAAGAUACGGACGAUGAAAUCGAAGAAUCAGAAAACGGUGUGGUAUCUGCGAAAAAAGUGAAGAAGUCUAAUAAAAAUGGUAGUAAAAAGCAAAAAAAAGAAAACACUUCAAAUGAUGAUGAUAUUGAUUCGUCGUCACUAGAAAAAAGAAACACACGCCAAAAAGCUAAUUCCAACAAUGCGCAAGAGAAGUCUAUCAUUGAAAAGGAUGCAUUAGAAUCAGACGAUGAUGAAAAGUCGCGUACUGAUGCGCUUUGGGCUGAUUUUCUAAGCGAUGUAAAAGUUGUGCCUAAAAAAGAAAAAAGUUCGACAACCGCUAUAAGUUCCUCCAAACCAAGUUCAAUCUCUAAUAAAGCUAAGAGUUCUGUUCAAACAAAGUCCACUGUUGAAGAACCUAAAAUAGAAAAGCUAGCUGAUGAACCUGUCAAAAAAACACUAACUGAAGUGUUAAACUUUGCUGGUGAGGAUGUGGUCGUACAAAAAGAAGUCAGCGCUGAUAGUAUUAAAGAGAAUAGCCGUGGAAGUGGAAGUAAACCAGUUGUUAAAGGUAUUAAACGUUUUUCUUCUGGUGGAAGUGGUAUAAGUUCCAUAAUUAAUCAAAUUGGCAAAAAGAAAAAAAUGUCUGUAUUGGAAAAAUCGAAGCUAGAUUGGAAUAGCUACAAAGAAGAUGAAGGCAUUGAUGAUGAAAUAAAAACAUUUAACAAGGGCAAAGAUGGAUUUUUGGAGCGUCAGGACUUUCUUCAACGAACUGAUCUACGGCAGUUUGAAAUCGAGAGAAAUAUACGUCAGUCGCGCCGUAAUAAUUAAGUUAAAAAUAUUUUCAAAUAAUUCUAACUAUAGUUUAAUUUAUAAUUAUUUUUAAAUGCAUAUAACCUAAUAUAAUUAUAUGUACAAUGAUAUAUAUAAUAUAUAUAUAUAAGUGUUUGGAGGUAGCCUUAGUCGAGGCUAUAUUCAAUUAAAUUCAAAGAUCCAAUAUCAACAUUAAUGAAGCACAUGUGCGUAUGCUUUUUAUUUCGAAUAAAAUUUAUGUAAAUAUUCAUUUGAAACACAUUAUUAACCAGAGCGUGUAAUCAAUAGAAUUAAGCUAUUAUUUAUCAAAAAGUUCUUAUGCCGAUCUUAUGCUUUCUGAAAUUAGAACAUGAUUACUUAAUAAGCUCUAAAUAUUCCAUUAGUUUUUUAAGAUUUUUUUUAAUAAAACAUUGUAAGUCAGAACAUGUUUUUUAAAUUUUACAAUAGAACUUAUAUAGUAACUAAAAUAAUUUUUUAACCGAUAAUAAAAAACUG